CGUCAGUUCUAGAAGGUCGCUAAGGUCGAGUACGCGACCACAUUUUCAUUACGUGAACAACUGAGUGCGUGGAUUCUAUUGUUUGGAAAUCCUUUUAUGCUAGUGGCCAACUCCCAAAGGAAGUACAAAGCAUUUCAGGUGCUCUUUAAUCAUUUGUGAAUCAAAACAAGAAUAAUAACUCUAAUUGUUUGACGGCAACCCAAGGGAAUUCAUAAGCAAUACACAUAAGCUUUGCCCAGGCACUCAAUGGUGUAUCAGAGACGCUUGGAACGCUUUUAUUGAUCAGAACAAAGUUCUACAACUGUAAGUAAGUUAUACUAGCUAAAAGGUUGCAUCGACGAAAACCCGUCGCUGGUGAAGAAAGGAAGUCAUGGAAGUGCAAACGAAACCGGCGGAUUUCACGUGUAACGUGAAAUAUCUAGGGUGCCAGAACGCCAUGUAUCCACAGACAGGGACGUUGGAAAAUAUCGCUCGCCUCUAUCAAAAGGGCUGCGCGUUGAACGAGAAAGACAACGCAAAACUGAUUGUAACCAAAGAGAACGUUUCACUGGAGAGCAAAAAUAACGAAAAGAUAUUCAAGCUACGGAAGAUUCUGUUCUGCGCCAGCUACAAGAAGAUCCCUAAAGUGGUCGCGUUCAAUUAUUUGUCUUCGUCUUCUCCCAGGCGGUUAGAGUGCCACGCGUUUCUCUGCGGUUCAAACGAAGACGCAAGAUGCGUUGUAGCCGCACUCACGAUGGCGUUCAGGAUGGCCUACAAGGAAUCGAAAACUUCAAGCGCGAUUCACGGCGACCAGGCAACCAUGAAUCACAGAGUUUGGAACGUGGAUUCAGCUGAUGAGAAAGACAUGAAAAUAAUUUUCGCCCUGCCGCGGAAGAUUGGGGAAAUUUUCGACACUUUGACCAAUUGCAUGACUCCAAAAUAACUCGGAGAAAUUGCAAUUGUGGAAACUGAAUUGGGCAAAAACAACCUCACACCAUAGAAAGCAAAUUUUAAUAAAAACUUGUGGUUGAGACGUCUGGAAAAUGAUUUAUGCAAAUGAACAAGAGCAAACUAUUCAUCGCCGGAGGCAUUGUUAAAGGAUUCGAUAGAACUGCAUCAAACGCAAAUUUGACGACUCUACAACUUUUGUCUUCUGUGGUGGUAAAGUAACUGUUUCUUUAAGCUUGAAAAUGUUGCUUUCAUCAGAGCAAUAAGACAUUCAACAUUGCUGAGUAAUGAACAAAUGUGCAGUAAACGAUGUCAUGGUUCGUUUGUUUUUAUUCUACUUUGCCACGAACCGAGAAAUCAGUAGAUAUCGAACUUAUGACCAAACUAUCAGAUUAAUAUUGAAAAUGAUGUCAUAAUAACGCGUCUGUAUUAACACAGAGCAAAUGAUUUUAGUUUAACACAAGAACAAUCUUACAGAGUAAACUUAGAAAAGAUAAAUGCGAGUUUGAAAAGAAGUGCCAAAUUGUUAAUAACAAAUUAAUAUAUUCCAUUGUAAAAUAUUUAUUAAAGUAUGAUAAUCGUCUAAGUUGAUCUAGACGUUCCUUUCCCAAAAUAUCAAAGUCAACAAAAAUUUCAGAAAAAUCGAAAUGUUUUCAGGCUUUUUUGUCACAUUCAAUUGUGUACAUUGUAAUUUUGAACUUGUUUGUUGUUUAAAUCGGUUGGAUGGUAGCCCAGCCUUGUUAUAAAAAGAAAUCUAAGAUUGCUUUCUGUUGGGGGAAAGCAGAGUGAACAAUAAAUAUGUCACAAGCAUUCUUCA